AUGACUAAUGGGAGGUUUAGGAGUGUAAGGCAUAGAGUGUUGGCUGGUAGUUUGAAAUCAAGGGUAUCAAUGAUUUACCUUGGAGGACCACCUUUGACUGAAAAGAUAGCACCGUUACCCUCACUAAUGGAAGACGGAGAAGAAGGUUUGUACAAGGACUUGACAUGGUGCGAAUACAACAAGGCUGCGUACAAGACAAGGUUGGCUGAGAAUAG